AUGACCACUCCUUCAUCUUCUCCCACGCCACCCAACAUGCUCCCAGUUCUCAUCGUCGGAGGAGGCCCCGUCGGUCUCUUUGAAGCCUUCCUCCUCACAAAACUCGGCAUCCCCGUCCGCAUCAUCGAACGUGAACACUCCAUCUCCCCUCUCUCCAAAGCUCUCGGUCUCCAAGCCCGGUCCAUGGAAAUCUUUCGCCUCGCUGGCGUCAUCGACCCCUUCCUUGAAAAGGGCAGCCCCAGCUUCAACCUCAACUUUUAUUCUGCCGGCAAGCAUUUCGCCACCAUGCCCGUUAAUGGUACACCUGAUGAUACUGAGUACUGUUAUGGUUUGUUCUUGGAGCAGAAGGUCACCUCUGAGAUUUUGAGGGACGAGUUGGCGAAGAUGGGGGUUGAGGUUAAUUAUGGAUGGGAACUUAUGGAUGCCAAGGUUGUCGAGGGUGGUGAUAAUGAGAGUACCUAUGUCGAGACGACGGUCAGACGCGCAUUGUCGGGCGAUAACACGGCUCUCGGGGAGAACUUGGUCAUUGGAAUUGUGGACGAGCGCAUUGAGCAGAAAGACAAGAAGUAUGAGACUGAGGUCGUGAGGUCCAAGUACAUGGUUGCCUGUGAUGGUGGGCGAUCCACCGUUCGACACAAGCUGAACAUCGCGUUCCCUGGGCGUACCCUUACCAGCAAGACAUUCAUGUGGGAUGGUAUCGCAGACACCGACAUUCUCGUCGACGGCGUCACUGUGAUCUCCAACCCAAACAAACGCGCAAUGCAUCUCUUCCCUCUCAGUCAUGGCACAAUCCGUGUUCAAAUCGAAGCAGGCGAGAUCGAGGACAGUGAGGACUUUGCCGAAACCAUCAAGAACCUAACCAUCGACCAAUUCGAAGCCCUGGCCAAGGACUGUGUCUACCCCGCCACAUUCAACAUCAAAGAAACCACCUGGCUCACUGGAUACAGAGUCAACGAGCGCCGCGCUGAGCAGUUUGUCUACAAGAACCGCAUCUUCCUCGCCGGUGACGCAGCACACAUCCACUCCCCUGCUGGCGGACAAGGAAUGAACACGGGUCUGCAGGAUGCUCACAACCUCGCUUGGAAAAUUGCGUUUGCCCUUCAGGGACUUGCCGCACCCGAGUUGAUCUUGCCCACCUAUGCUGAGAGAGAACCCAUGGCGGAUAGAGCGAUCGAGGUCUCGUCAGCGAUCUUGCAAAGAAACCGGACGACCGGCUAUACCUCCCAUUAUAUGAAGCUCGCCUUUUUUUCUGUCGCGCCCUUUAUUCUGAAUGUCCUACGCAAGUUCCACGCCACUCCCGAUGUCUCCAUGCUCAAGCUUCGCUACGCCGAGAACUACAUCAACAGAUCUCACACGUCUACAAUGCAAUCCAAGGACGAAUACCAAGUUGGAGUCCGCGCCCAAUGCGGCACCAUCCGAACCAUUAACUCCACAACCAACGACAAGACCAACAACCCCUUCCGUCUGCACGAACUCCUGAUCGGUCUUGGCCGCUUCCACAUCCUGAUCUUUGCAUCCACCACACUUAACUCCCCCAUCGAUGCCAAACACCUUGCCACACACUUGGAGCACUACCAAUACGCCUGGCGCAGCCGAUGGACCUACUCUGCCGACCUGAACGACGGCCGCAAGGACAAGCACGACCUCUUCAAGAUCCACAUCCUCGCCGGCCCUACACAGGACACAACAGGCUGGGAGAAGUUUGUAGAUAGAGCUGAGGGCGAUGGACGUGUUUACGAGGAUAUUGAGGCCAAAGUGCAUGUCAAGUUCGGGUUCAAUGGCAAAAAGGGACCUGGAGGAAUUGUUGUGGUCCGUCCGGAUGCGCAUGUUGGAUAUCGAGUUGAGGGGUGUCAGGCUCAGGCGUGGGAGGCGGUUGAUAGGUACUUUUCUGGUCUUUUGACUAAGGGAGUUCCUCAACUCUAA